AUGCCUGCAGACUUCAAUGGACAAUGGGUGAUGGUCACCAACGAGAACUUUGAGGAUAUCAUGAAUGCCAUUGAUAUUGACUUUGCCACCCGUAAGAUCGCCCGUCACCUGACCCAGACCAAGGUGAUCGUCCAGAACGGAGACAAGUUUGAGACCAAAACUUUGAGCACCUUCAGGAACUACGAGGUCAACUUCACCGUUGGGGAGGAGUUUGAGGAGGUCACUAAGGGACUGGACAACAGGACGAUCCAGACAUUGGUUACCUGGGAUGGAGACAAGUUGGUGGCUGUGCAGAAGGGAGAGAAGGCUAACCGUGGCUGGAUGCAAUGGAUAGAAGGAGACCUGCUACACCUGGAGAUCCACGUUGAAGACAAAAUCUGCAAACAAGUAUUCAAGAAGAAGCCCUGA